AUGAUUGAAACUAAAGCAUAUCAAGAUUUGGGUACAACAAAUCCACUUGAAUCUUUGGUUGAACGUACAAAUAAUUUUCUUUAUAGUUUAUGGUAUAAUAAACAUAUUACACAAAAACAAUAUGAGAAAUUAAAGGUUAAUAAAGAAGAAGCUGAAUUAGCUCACCUUUAUUUCUUACCCAAAGCACAUAAACCAGAUACACCAUUGAGACCUAUAAUGGCUGGUCUCAAGUCCCCAACCAUUGGUAUAUCGAAAUGGUUAGAUGGUCUUCUAAGACCUCUAUUCGAUCGAUUAGCAUUUAAUACAACCAUAUUGAAUGGGGUUCAAUUAAUAAAACAAGUUGAAAGAUGA